GUGGGAACCAGAUUGGCACCAAGUUUUGGGAAGUGAUUAGCGACGAGCAUGGCAUCGACCCGGCCGGAGGCUACGUGGGUGACUCGGCGCUGCAGCUGGAGAGGAUCAACGUCUACUACAAUGAGUCAUCCUCUCAGAAAUAUGUGCCCAGGGCUGCCCUGGUGGACUUGGAGCCGGGCACCAUGGACAGUGUGCGCUCUGGGCCUUUUGGGCAGCUCUUCCGGCCCGAUAACUUCAUCUUUGGAAAGCAGUAGAAGAUGGACCAAGUUCUUGGGCCCCUGCACCCACGUGGAAGACCCAGAGGAGGCUCCCAGCUUGGAUUGGCCCAGCUCCAGCCUUUGCAGCCAUCUGGGGAGUGAACUAGCAGGUGGAAGACCUCUCUCUGUCCACCUCUCUCUGUGUCUGUAAUUCUAACUCUCAAAUAAAUAAAAUCUUUAACAAGAAAAAAUUUCAACUUGCUAGAUUUUUCUGGUAUUUAUAUAGAUUCUAUUGGAUACGUUUAAUAGGAUGAUACAUUUGGGUUUUGAAAGGGAUUAUUUGUAGUGCUCCCAGAAAUUAAAAGUACAUUAUUUGACACCAGUUGCAUUUAUGAAGAAAAAUUAGAUGUCAGCUUUGAGAGGUGUGCAGUUUAAAAAAUAUUCAGAACAGCAGUGUGUGAAGGACAUUGCAUUAUAAGACAUUUGCUGUGUCCAGGAAAGCAAAAACUAAGGUAAAGCAAAGUAAACUCCUCCCAGCCCUCCCUCCUGGUGGUUUGGAGGGCACCUCCCACCUCCCACCUCCCUCCCCCUCCACAGGCCUAUAUUAUUAUUAUUUUUUAAAGAUUUAUUUAUUUAUUUGAAAGACAGAGUUACAGAGAGGCAGAGGCGGAGGCAGGGAGAGAGGUCUUCCAUCCACUGGUUCACUCCCCAGAUGGCUGCAAUGGCUGGAGCUUCACUGAUCUGAAACCAGGAGCCAGGAGCUUCUUCCAGGUCUCCCACAUGGGUGCAGGGGCCCAAGGACUUGGGUCAUCUUCUACUGCUUUCCCAGGCCAUAACAGAGAGCUGGAUGGGAAGUGGAGCAGCUGGGUCUCGAACUGGCACCCAUAUGGGAUGCCAGCACUGCGGGCAGUGGCUUUAUCCGCCACACCACGGCACUGGCUGGCCCUGGGCCUAUAUUAUUUUUACAGCUUGGAAAAAGAUGCUUUGUCUCAUACGUCUUCAAUUUUAUAAUGAAACGGUCUUUCACUUUCAAAGUGUCUUCUGGACAGUGAUGUGUACAUAAGCCUCUCUGGCAAGAAUGCAGAAAACAUGAACUGGAGUCUCUUUCCUGCACGCGAGUCCUCCGUGUUGGGGCAGCAUUAAGCUGAACAAUUAACGUGCCCACAGUUCAGCCGCACUGCCUGGCUUUGAGGCCCAGCUCCACUUCCAGGUCACUCUCUGCUCCGGCACGGCAGCAGGUGAUGGAUGGCUCAAGUACUUGAGUUCCUGCCACCCAGCUGGGAGGGGUGGGCUGAGUUCCUCCUCCCCUGUCCUGGCUGGCCCAGCCCUGGCUGUUUAGAGCAUCUGGGGAGUGAACCAGCAAAUGGAAGCUUGCUCUGGCUCGCUCUCUCUUGCUCUCACCCCGCCCCCCACCUCCCCUGCCCUGUUACUCUGCCUCAAAAAUAUAAAUCAAAAAGAAAAUACACCCUGUUUAAAAACAAGACUGAAACUGCCAGGUCAGAAGGUAUGAAAUUAGGUAUUAACACCCUCUCACGCCCUUCAGCCCCGUUGGUGGGUGCCCGACCCCCCUCCCUAGCCCCUUGGGCCUGUAGGGGCUUCCUCUGGUUGUGGCAAACACGACUUCCCCCAGCAGCCGAGGAAGGUGCGGCGAUCACCGGCCCCUGCCUGCAUCACACUGGCUCUCUCUUCCUCC